AUUUCCUUGUGUUAAAUCUUCAAUAAAGCCUUUCAAUGCUUUGUAUCCUCACAGAAUUGUUUUGAUAAUAAUGUUGAAAGAUGUCUGCCCCAAAGAAUUUUUUCAGACAUCGACGCAGAAUGCCCGGAUUUUCUAUCAGAGACCCUCAUCGACAUGGAGGAGCAAAAGUGUCACGUGGACGAUGGUCGAGUUCGAUUGAACUUCUAAAGAUUGAAUCAAUGAAAAGUAUUUGGUACGCCUUCCAGACUUUGAUUGAUCCACAAAACGAAAUGGUUCAAAUUCACACAUUAAAGGUAUUGACUGCCAGUAUUGGAAAUGCACUAGGGAUAGAAAAAUCCGAAGAACUCCAUGACAAAACUGACCAAACAGAACUAGAUUUCAAAUCAUACUUUGUUAUUCUAGAAUCAUUAAUGUUUGAACCGUUAUCCAAAGUCUCAGAUGAAACCAUGGACUUGUCAAACAUCGAUUAUCAACACGUACACCAAGUCUGUUGGGUUUUAUUUUACAAUAAUCAAAAAGGGAAAACGAUACCAGACGACGUGCCAGAAAACAUGGCGUUCAAGUUGUGGCUGAUGUAUAAUUUGUUUUCCGAAGAAGACGAUUCGAAUAAACCUAUUUUCCCACUAAAAUUAGACCCAGAAGAGGCAUCUACAAUCUUUGAAGCCAUUUUAACACAAACUGGAAAUUACAAUUUAUUAAGUAGUGCUAUUGAUGACUUUGGUGACGAACCCAUGACAUACCAGAAAUAUCUAUCAACAUUCUUUGUCCAUAUAUUUAAACAUGUGAAAGAAGGAAUACUUAAAUCAUCUGUAGAUACAGUCCAUGAGCAGUUUGUUAUUGACAUCUUGAAAAAGGGAAGCUUAUUUAAGCGUGGACACCAAGUUAAGAAUUGGAAAGAACGAUACAUGGUACUAAACCCAACAGAACUAAAGUAUUAUGCCUCAACACAUCAGAAACACCAGAAAGGAACAGUCGUAUUCAACAAAACUCAAACUGUAGAGAUUUUACCUGAUAAAGGUGGGAAACGCAACCUAUUUGUACUGAAUACACAACAGAAACCAUAUGAGAUGAGUGCUACAGACUUAAAGACUAGGAAUGAAUGGGUUUCAUGUAUACAGAUAGCCUUAGAAAAUUGUGAAAACCCUCACUAUCACCAUCAUAAAGAAUUAUCUAAACGUCGCAGACAGAAACGAAAUGUCAUCAAGAUGGAAAAAGAACAUGAGGAAAGAAAAAGACAAGAGGAGGAAAACUUACAUAGACAGACAGAAGAAGGAUAUAAACAGAGAGAACAGAUGAAUGAAGAGAUGCUUAGACAGAGGAACUUGGAAUUAGAGGAAGAAAAAAGAAGAAGAGAACAAUUAGAAGCACAACUUAGAGAACAAGAGGCCCUAAGAGAAGCUGAGAGACAGAGGUUGCUGGAAUUAGAGGCUAGUAAAUCAGAGUUAGAAAAACUACUAGAAUUAGAAAGACAGGCAAAGAAAGAUGAAGAGACAGUUAGAAGACUUCAAGCAAAAUUACUAGAUGAAGAAAGUGAAAAAAGACAAGAAUUAGAAAAACUGAAAAGAGAACAAGAACAAAUACUAAAACAUGAACGAGAGAUGAGAGAAGGACUAGAAGAUCAGAAGGAAGAAAAAGAUCAAAUUCUACUAGUAGCUCAAGCAAAACUGUCAGAAUUAGAAAAUGAGAGAGUUGAGGCUUCUACAAAAUUGGAGAAAGCAACAGAAAGACUACAAGAAGCCGAAAAUGAACGACUGAAAAUGGAAGAAAAGGUCAAGUUAUGGAAGAAACCCAAUGUUGGACUAGCAAGACCAAUCCAGCCAACCAACAGACCGUUAAUAAGUCACCGUGGACUUGGUGCCUUCUGUGCCACCGACUUUCUUAGAAAAUCUCGCCAACAAGACAAACAGCGUGGCAUGACGAAAAAGCAAUUAGACGAAAAAUAUGGUGAACAUGUACUGGACAUGUCAGAUGAGGAAGAUAAUGGUAACCAUGACAAAAAAUCUCCAAAAUCUAAGACAUUUGAUGAAGAAAUAAAUAAACAAAACUUGGAUAAUGUAAUUGAAAAUUCAGAUUUAAAGAUCAGUACAACAGAGGAAAGAUUAUCUCCCCCUGAAGAUCAACCGCAAAUUAUAAUUCAAACUUUAACUGAUGAAAAUCAGCAUGCACUAGAUAAAAUAAGUGACAAUUUAGAUGAAAAAGUAGAAAUCAAAGAAGAAAUCAAAAUGGAAGAACAAUCUAAAGAUUUGGAAGACAGGGACAUGUGUUCACAAAUCAUUGACUGUAAAGAAGGUGAACUGAACAUUGAAACUGAAAAAACUUCCAUAAGUAAGGAAAUUGCACUAGAAAAUCAUGAAAACGAAGUUGAAAAUAUCAAUGAAGAUGAUGCACAAAAACUUCUAGUUGAUGAUAGUUCAUUGAGUGAAAAUCAUCCAAACAACGAUUCUGAACAUAAUCAAGCAAUCACUAAGGAAAAUUUAGGUGAGGAACUUCUGACUCAUGAACAAGAAGAUGGGGCAUUAAAAGAUGAUGAGUCAGCAGAAAGUCCAAAGGAAAUUUCAUCAACAAAAAGUGAAGAAAAAGUUGAAAUUCAUUUAUUGCCGGAUGAUAAAAAAAGACAAUCAUUUGAGCAGAAAGAUGCAGAUUGUGAAGUUCAAAUUCAAGGUUCAUAUGAAAACGUAACUAUAAAUUGCCAAAGAAUUAAAUCAGAUGAAACGACUAAGACAGGAAGUGAUUGUUCAAAUACAAAAGAUGAAAAUGACAAAAAUGAGUUUGAGGACUCAAGCGGGAAGAAUAAUACUGAUCAAGACUCUUAUUUAUAUGAUCAACCAGAAGAAGAAACAAAUGACAAAGAUCUGUCUGCUUUUAGUAACCUGACUUAUCAAAAUAUAGACAUGAACACUAAUGACCAGAAAUCUGACAAGAGAGACAAAGAAGAUGAAGACCCUAAUGUGUAUGACUAUGUAGAAAUGAAAAAUGAACAUUUUGAACAAAAGUAAUAUAUUGUCUUAUUU